UUGAAAUGUCUCCUACCGGAAGCAGAUGCUGGGCGGAGCCAGCAGGUUUUUCACUUCCUUGUCGCGCACAGCUGACAGUGCUGCACGAUGAAAACACUGACUUUACUCAGCUUAUUCUGCACAUUUCUGUUAACCAGGAGCAUUAACAUCGAGGAGAAUGCAGGGCAGUUCUUCAGCAGUGGUCACACCAACAACUGGGCUGUCCUGGUGUGCACAUCCAGGUUCUGGUUCAACUACCGCCACGUGGCCAACACUCUGUCUGUGUACAGAAGUGUGAAGAGGCUGGGCAUCCCUGACAGCCACAUAGUUCUCAUGCUGGCAGACGACAUGGCUUGUAAUCACAGGAACCCCAAACCUGCCACAGUGUUUAGCCACAAGAACAUGGAGCUGAACGUGUACGGUGACGAUGUGGAAGUGGACUACCGAGGAUAUGAGGUGACAGUGGAAAACUUCCUGCGCGUUUUGACUGGAAGGCUGCCGCCCAGCACUCCACGCUCAAAACGCCUCCUGUCUGAUGACCGCAGCAACAUCCUCAUAUACCUGACAGGCCAUGGUGGGAACGGCUUCCUGAAGUUCCAGGACUCUGAGGAGAUUAGUAACGUGGAACUGGCCGACGCUUUCGAGCAGAUGUGGCAGAAAAGACGGUACAACGAGCUGCUCUUCAUCAUCGACACCUGUCAGGGUGCCUCCAUGUACGAGAGGUUCUACUCCCCAAACCUCAUGGCUUUGGCCAGUAGUCAAGUUGGAGAGGACUCUCUGUCGCACCAGCCAGAUUUGGCCAUAGGAGUCCAUUUGAUGGACCGUUACACCUUCUACCUGCUGGAGUUCCUGGAGGACAUCCACCCCGCAAGCAAAACCAACAUGAAUGACUUGUUCAAAGUAUGCCCCAAGAGUCAGUGUGUGUCCACUCCGGGCCACCGUACUGACCUGUUUCUGAGAGAUCCAUCGAGUGUCCUCAUCACGGAUUUCUUUGGUAGCGUUCGCAAAGUUGAGAUCACCAUGGAAACCAUCAACUUGACUGACCCCAUCAAGCAGGUGGAGCAGAAUCCUGUGAAUGGAGAGCUGCAGAAAGAGAAGUCCUCGUACGUGGACCAGCUGCCAGUGUCUGAGAUCAUCCAUCAGAAACCAAAGCAGAAAGACUGGCAUCCUCCUGAUGGCUUCAUCCUGGGCCUGUGGACUCUAAUCCUCCUGGUGUUUUUCAAGACGUACGGCAUGAAACACCUCAAACACAUCUUCUGAGACGUCUGUGUUUACUCUACGCUGGAUACCUGAGGACAUCAAGCUGCAGAUCAGGAACCUCCUCUGAAGUGAUACUGGAGGAAGGAUGCAGUUUGUAUUUUGCUGCAAAUGGAAGAAAGAUGCAUGGCACCGUAACUGCUCGGUGGGAUGCAAUUGGUGCAUUUUGUUUUGUUGGUUUGGAAGAUUGCUCUCUAUUUGUGUAUUAUACCAGAUGUCAUGUGAGAAGGGACAAAUACUUGAAUACUUGAAUUCAUGCAUCAUCAUCAUUUUUUUUUUCAACUUAUAUUUAUUUUAUUGCGUCAAAAGUUUUGUCGAGUCAUUCCGUAAUAAUAAUUGCAUUGAUUUGGUUAAAAAUGCACUGAGUUGAGUCCGCAGAUAAGAGUCUAAUUUAUUUUUGAGAGCGUGCUGCUCUGCAUAUUUUAGCAGCAGCAUUUUUAUUUAAGUGCCACUCAGAACGUCUGCCCGGUCACAAAAAGAAAAUGUGGUCACGGGGGCUGGCUGAUUGGCUGCGAGUGGGCUGUGGAGAGAUUACUAUUUAAUGUCUCCCUUGUCCAUAUACAUUACACCCCUUGACCGUCAUAUCACGCUUGUGAAGGAUAACAAUCGCACAUAAUCCCAUCUCACAUGAUGGACCCAUCCACUUUCCCAUUCACCAAAUUGCCCUCCCUGUGGAAACAUCCAUUAGCUCCCCAGCCGUGUACUGCGCUGAUUGUAUUCUGGGUGAUGGACAGCUAUUUCCCCGGCCAUUCCACGUCUCACACUACAGCUACAGCGAUAAGUGAGUGAUAACCCAGUAAGCCGCCGGCCGUCCCAAAUGAAUCUCCUCUGUGCUGGGACGUGUUUUCGUCCUUUUUUUUCCAUCCCCUUUCUCCCCGUGUUAAACCACUUUGCAUUAGACUCAUUGUUGUGGGGAGUGACUGAUGCUCAGAGCAUAUGGAUUGAACCCGCGGUAGUUUAUCUUUGCUCCUUGGCGUUAGGACCCACCCAUCGGGGUGCUCGCUGCCACUCUCCCUCGUGGCUGAAGUGGAAAAUAGAUGGAGUUGGAAAUUGAACCAUUAUGUAUCAGGAGGCAGCUGCUGCGUCAGCCACCGAGUACGUUUUCUUAGAGGCUACAUUAUUUAGACUAAAACGCUUCCCCGUUUCUUAUUAUACUUGUAAUCUUAUUCUCCUUUCCAGAGAGAGCAAACUCAUUUUGUUUCCACAAUUUCUUGGAUUUUGAAACCUUAAAUAAAGAUAAAACACUGGAACAAAGGAA